UCAGAGAUGUGAUAUCACACCAUCACGGCCUAAUCAAUAGCCUGAGUAUAUGCGCUCUUUCGAACACUGUAUCCUUCACAUACCACUAGUUCAGAUCCAUGAGCAGCUGAAGGACUCCUCAAAAGCAUCCGACCCACGCAUCAUUCUACACGAUAUCUCCAUUCUCAAACUAACAAGUCAAAAUCAUGCCUCUCACAAUGCCAUCUCAUCAACUCUCGACCAAUCUGCUCCUCCUCCUCCUAAUACCCCUCAACACCGCCUCCGCAGUCCUGCAAUCCGCCUGCACCAUCCCAAAAAUAACAACAACAGUCGCCAUCGACAUGUCUUCAUUCAUUGCUCCAGCCGAUGCAACCACCACGUCUCCGGCACCAGCGUCCACAACAACGCUGUGGCAGAUCGACCCCGUGUGCCUGCCCGGCGUGGCUCAAUGUCACCAUUUCGGUGAUCGCCUCCGGUACUGCAAUGCCACAGGCUUCUGGGUCCCGAAUUAUUGUAGUGGGGAUUGGAUAUGCUGUGCGUAUAGUGCGAGAAACGGGGCUGGGCCUAUGUGUGAGAGUAGGGAGCAGUGUGAGGUUGUUGGUGGGCCGGGGAUGGCGCUGGGCCUGUGGGAAUAGAACGGUAGACCGAAGCAGAGGCUGGAUUUGAGAUGGACGACAAAACAUACGUGGGCAAUGAAAAUGAGACGGCAAUGCGUAGGCGGUAGUAAAACGACUAAUUGUACUUCCUCAGUCUUACGAUCCAUCUCAUUGAUCGUGUGGAACGAGCUCAC